CGCCCUUUUCCGAAAUGCUUCGUCCUUUCUUCUCUCUCUUUCCUCAGUGUAAUCUCCUCUCCAGUUUCUUCUUCUUCUUCUUCUUCUUCUUCCUGCCGUGGAGUCUCCCUCCCAUUCUCAGCUCAACAGCCCAAUCGAAACCCAUCAAUUUCCCGCUAUUACUUUCCCGUCAGUUCGAACAAGGUACGAUUUUGGAUCGUUUCUGUAUUCAAUACGGGCUUGACUUGCAUGACGAGCGCUUCUGAGCUGUUCUACAACCGGAGGUCCCGUCUCAGUCGAACGGCAGCUUCUGCUUCGUCGAUAGGCGAUCCGGAGUUAGGGUUCGAGUAUUCGUCCGAUCGGAGCCUCCGAUUCUCGCACCAAAAUCGCCGUCAAAGCCUGAGCCACGGCCACCACAGUCACAGUCAUGAUUUGGACGGCUGCGAUCCCCUUCGUAGGUCCCCGCUUCCCCGCCACCACCGUUUCUCACACUCCGUAAGCCUAACGAUUGAGCGCCCAUCACUGGUGCUUGAUCAAACCAAUCAGCAGUCUGGUACAAACAAUAGCAGAAAUGCAGAAUCUCAAAGAAAUGUAAGGAGACCUGGAAUUUCAACAAGUGACAGGCUUCCUGGAUCGGUGCUCCUUGCGAGGGAAAGGCUUCUUGAAAGGCUUAGAGGUGUAUCUCUUUCUGGAUCGAGGCGAAGCAGUAGAGACCCAUCAAGCACAAAUCGAAUUGAGCAUGCAUACGCUGAGCAUUGGAGGCUAGCAGAUGCAUUUGACUGGGGAGCUGAGGCGUCAAUUCAAUUUCCUUCUGGUGGCUCUGACUUAAACGACUCAACCUUAUUGUCCGAGAGAACAAUUUCAACAAGCACAGAGAAGCCACCGGGUCUGUCUCAGGAGGCAUUGGACCAAUUGCAUGUGGAAAUCUUCAGCUACUACAUGAAGGAAAAGGAAGGCAUGAUGGAGAGAAAAUCACAGGACUGCAGUAUUUGUCUCGAGAAUUUCAUGGAAGGAGAUAAGCUCAUCUGCUUGCCGUGCGAGCAUUGGUUUCACUCAACCUGCUUGGAUCCAUGGGUUCGAACCUGUGGAGACUGCCCAUAUUGUCGUAAAGGUAUUAUUGCAGUUCCUACCGAGAGAAACUAGAUGACUUAAUUCUGACUGCCUUUCCCAUCUGAACUCGUACGGCUCGUGCCCGCUUGGUUUGUCCCCUGAUCAGCGCAAAGAGUUUAGGUUUUGUCCUUCCCUUUUUCCGGGGGAUUACGUGUUUCUUCCCUUUCCUUUAUUGUACAUUUCGGAAGUGGGAUUCAGUUUGGAAUUGACAGAUAGGUAUAGACAGAUCCUUUCACAAUGUUGUAAGGAAGUCCUGAUGUAUUGUCACGCGUCAAAUUGUAGAAUGAUCGAUGAACUUAUGAAACUUCUCUUGAGUUUGUGGCAUUUGUGGCCUUAA